CACCAGUGUGUAGAACACACUCCGCCUCCUCCGGUCCUCUUUAUUUUUUUAUAUGAUGUUUUCUUCCUCUUCGCUUCCUCGACAUCACCUCCAGCUCCUCAGCACCUGAGAUCAGGAUGGAGUUUUACUGCCUGCACGAAGAAAAGCUUCACACACUUUCUUCUCUUUAAGUUCUUCAGUAAAAACUCAACUGCUUGGAUUUAUCUCUUCCAUCUUCAGCACUGAACUAACAAUGAGUGACAUCUACGAGUCGGCCGCCACCUCGCUGGGGCUCUUUAACAGCCCCUGUCUGACUAAAGUGGAGCUGCGUGUGGCGUGUAAAGGAAUCUCGGACCGGGAUGCUCUGUCCAAACCCGACCCCUGCAUCCUGCUCAAGAUGCAAUCACACGGCCAGUGGAUGGAGGUGGACAGGACGGAGGUGAUCAGGAGCUCCAUCAACCCCACGUUCUCCAAAGUCUUCACCCUCGACUACUACUUCGAGGAGGUGCAGCGUCUCCGCUUUGAGCUCUACGACAUCAGCAGCAGUCACAACGGCACCAAGGAGGCUGACUGCCUGGGGGCCAUGGAGUGUACACUCGGACAGAUUGUGUCCCAGAGAAAGCUGUCUAAAGCUCUGCUGAAACACAGCAACACCGUGGGCAAGUCCACCAUCAUGGUGACUGCGGAGGAACUGACAGGGAACAACGACUACGUGGAGCUGUCAUUCAGUGCCAGGAAACUGGAUGAUAAGGACUUUUUCAGCAAAUCAGAUCCGUUUUUGGAGAUUUACAGAGUGAACGAUGACGGAACACAGCAGCUGGUGUACAGGACAGAGACGGUAAUGAACAACCUCAACCCGGUGUGGAAGACGUUCAAAACCUCACUCAACUGUCUGUGCAGCGGAGAUCAUGAUAGGAUACUAAAGUGCUCCGUGUGGGACUGGGACUCAAACGGCAAACACGACUUCAUCGGCGAGUUUGAAGCCACUUUUAAAGAGAUGCGUGGAGCCAUCGACGGCAAGCAGGUGCAGUGGGAGUGCAUAAACCCCAAAUAUAAAAUUAAGAAGAAGAAUUACAGGAACUCUGGGAUUGUCAUUCUCAAUCAGUGUAAGAUAAUAAAGAUGCACUCCUUCCUCGACUACAUCAUGGGCGGAUGCCAGAUCCAGUUUACAGUGGCGAUUGAUUUCACGGCGUCUAACGGCGACCCUCGGAACAGCUGCUCUUUACACUACAUCCACCCGUACCAGCCUAAUGAGUACCUCAAAGCUCUGGUCGCUGUCGGAGAGAUCUGUCAGGAUUACGACAGUGAUAAAAUGUUCCCGGCGUUCGGCUUCGGCGCUCGGAUUCCUCCCGACUUUAAGGUGUCACAUGACUUUGCUGUAAACUUUAACGAGGAUAAUCCUGAGUGCACAGGUAUCCAGGGUGUAGUAGAAGCCUAUCAGAACUGCCUCCCAAAGAUCCAGCUGUACGGCCCGACCAACAUCGCCCCCAUCAUCCAGAAAGUGGCGCAGGCCGCCUCCGAGGAGCUGCACAUUCGCCAGGCCAUGCAGUACUUCAUCCUCCUGAUCCUGACGGAUGGCGUGAUCACGGACAUGGCGGACACACGUGACGCCAUCGUCCACGCCUCUCACCUGCCCAUGUCCAUCAUCAUCGUGGGCGUGGGGAACGCCGACUUCACCGACAUGCAGAUCCUGGACGGAGACGACGGGAUCCUGUGCUCGCCCCGAGGAGAACCCGUGCUGAGGGACAUCGUCCAGUUCGUCCCCUUCCGCAACUUCAAACACGCGUCUCCUGCAGCGCUGGCCAAAAGCGUUUUAGCCGAAGUGCCCAACCAGGUGGUGGAUUAUUACAACAGCAAGGGCAUCAAACCCAAAUGCCCCAGCGAGUUCGAGUCUUCCAGGACGUUUAGCCGCUGAUCUCGCCGUCUGAUAACGAUCUGAUUAGGGUCAGCACGUCUCUGUCACGUCUGUCGCUCGUGUAUUUCUGCAUGCGUGGAUGGUUGUAGGCUAAAGCUAAAGCGCCAGCGCACGCGUCCGGCGUGGAGACGCGGAGACUCUGCAUGUUCCUCAGAGUGAUAACCGAUCUGUUUCUUUUUUAUGUCUAUAUUUAAACUGAGAUUUUGCUAAAUUUGAAAUUUCAUAAUAUUCUUACAUUGUAAAAGGUUUUUGGAUGGAGACGGUCGGGAAUGUUUAGCUCUCUGUAUUAGAUACUGAACGUCUGCACCUUGAGAUACAACGUGUUUUUUUGCACAUGAGGAAAUGCAUGACUGUAUUUUGCAUGUUCAUAUUAAAUAAAUAAUUAAAUGAAUGAAUGAAUGAAUAAAUCUUUCUGUGUUGGUCUGGGGAUCGUGAGUGUCAUAUGGGUCGUGUUCCAAAUGCUAGUUCUGGAGAGAAACGAUCUUCCCUGGGAAGUUGAUAAGGAAACUGGAGACUGUACGCAAUAAUAACUUUAAUAUUCAGCAAAUUCAACUUUCUGGGAAAUAAAUUGAUGAAAUGUUAAUAAGUUGAAAAGAGUAGAUGCUGUAGAUGUCGUGCAAUCAUCGGAAGCGAUUAAAUGUUUGCGUGUCUGUGCAGUCAGGAAACGUUUACACUGGAGACGCCUUCCAUAAACACUGAGUUUACAGGAGAAUCACAAUGUCAUUGUUUAACGAGCUCGUUAAUAUCAACCUGUGAUGUGCACCUGCACUGCUCUCAGAGCUGC